AUGAGACACCAACCAUUCUUCCUAGAUACCACCACUCCUUGUUGGUUACUAGUUGCAUUCUUCGUGUUCUUCGUGGUCACCAUGAUGCCUCCAAGUAGUGUCUCGUCCGCUCCUCUCAAAUACCAGUUAUCAACCAUUGCUGGAGUGUUUUCACCGGGGUCCUCAGCAGAUGGACCUGUAGCAACCACACAAAUCAAUAGACCCUUCUUUGUGGUUGAGGCUCCUAAUGGUGACCUCUUUUUGAGUGAACGUUUCAAAAUUCGAAGAAUUAGUGGAGGGAAUAUCACUACAGUAGCAGGCAUUGGCUCGAAAGGAUAUUCUGGAGAUUCAGGUCCUGCCACUUCUGCAGCUAUCAACAAUCCUGGAGGAAUGGCUUUCGUCCCUGCCACCAAUGAAUUGCUCUUCUCUGAUACUGGAAAUAAUGUAUUACGAUUGAUUGACGCUAGUGGAUUAAUUUCAACAGUUGGAGGUAUUGGUAGUGGAGGAUUUAAUGGAGAUGGUUUAUCUUUGAAAAGUACACAAUUAUGGAAUCCAGAAAAACUCAUCUUUCGAAAUAAUACAUUGUAUUUUGUGGACAAACUAAAUCAUCGUAUCAGAAAAGUAUCAUUUGAUUCCAAAGUCGAGCUUGUGAGAACUAUUGCAGGUAAUGGAAACAGCACCAUGUCCAAUAACGAAGAAGGAAUCGCGGCUACAUUGGCAAGUCUUGACAAUCCUUAUGAAAUGGAAUUUGACAAAGCAUCUGAUGACAUGUUUAUUGCAGAUUAUGGUCACAACUUGAUUCGAAAGGUUUCCAGCUCAGGAAUGAUUUGGACUGUGGCUGGAGGUGGUGCCAAAUAUCAAAAUAAUGUAUUGGCUACACAAACAACUCUUAAUUACCCUCAAAGCGUGGUUGUCUCUCCAACAGGCGAUAUUUUCAUUUCUGAUUUGAAUACGAUUCGAAAGAUUUCAAAGAAUGGAAUUAUCACAACUAUUUGUGGUCAACCAGGAGUUACUGGUCUAUCUCAAGACACCAUCGAUGCAGCCAAUGCACAGCUCAACUCUCCACAAUCGCUGUUUAUCAACAAGAAUGGAGAAGUUGUGUUUUCCGAUUAUUACAAUAAUCUGGUUAGAAAGUUAACGCCUUAUUGUUCGGAGGGAACGGUCAUGUCCUCUGAUGGCACUUUUUGUUUAGAGUACUGUUAUAGAAAACUUCAGAACAUGACCAAUGUUUGUAGCGGAAACGGAUUUUGUGUGUCAACAAAUUCUUGUGCAUGUUUAACUGGAUUUUACGGAAACGAGUGUCAAUUCUUUACUUGUUUUGGUAAGAACGCAAGUGAUGUCAAUGUUUGUAGCAAACACGGCUCAUGCUCUGGCCUAGAUAACUGUACCUGUGAGGAAGGAUGGAUGGGUAGCGAUUGUUCAAUUCCUGUUUGUGUUCCAAUUAUGAACGCCAAUCAAACCGUGGAGUGCUCCAAGAAGGUCAUUUCUGGAAGUUCCAUGUUAUUAGAGCACAUUGGGCAGGUUCAAAAUUUAGAUUCGAAGAAUAUUUCUCUCUCUCUUGAAGGAUCUAUAUUCUCCAAAGUGCAAGUGAUCUUUCCUCCUUCCAUUUCCAAAGAAUUGAGUCCUUACCUUAAUGGAACGAUAUUGUCAUUAGUCACCUCCGUCUAUGAACAGAAAAACACAACACAAACUGCUUUAAAAAGCCCUCUUAUUUCGAUUACCAUUUUAAAUUCUACUUCAGGAGAUGAAGUUUCGAUACAACAAUUACAAAAAGGAAUAUCAUUGAAAAUUCCAAUGCAAAAUUAUCUUGAUUUUUCAAAUCAAAAUUUGACAUGCAUGUAUUUUGACGUGGCAGAUCAGUCGUGGAAGAAAGAUGGAGUCACCACAAUUCGAGAUGAGGUUACCAUGGAAUUCAUAUGCAUAACUAAUCACUUAACCUCGUUUGGAGUGGUGGAUAUCAAUGGGUUUGGAUAG